AUGGUGGAGAGCACUUUCUCGGGUUUUUCUGACCUUGUCUUAGCUGGCGAAAUAAUCGAAAAUAUGAUCAAGAUGGGAAAGAUCCAAAAUUCUACAAGGUUGAGAGAGUUAGGACCCCCACUAGUGGUUCUUCCUCCCGAUUACGAUGAAAAUGCCCAUUAUGAGUUCCAUUAUGGUGCUCCCUGGUACUCUAUUGAAAACUGUAAAGGGUUGAAAUACAAAGUACAAGAUCUGAUUGACUCUAAGGCUAUUAGAUUCACGUCGAACGACCCAAACGUAAACAACAACCCUGUGCCUCCCCAUGAUAAUAUAAAUGUAAACAUGACGGAAUUGGACAAUGGAAGGAAGAUGAUAACCUUUGUCAAGGAUUUGAAGACCCCACUUAUGGAAAUCAAGAAUGUUCUAUCGAGAAGCAACGCGUUCUCCCCCUCCAUUAUCAAGAAUGUUUCAACCCUUGAAAUUCCAUACGACGAAGUUCCUCCCUCGCAAAUACCAUACAAUCUUUCUCAAUUGACUCUUUUAACGAACCCUGUUACUCCAAUGAUCAUAACAGUUCCAACACUGUUCCCGUACAACAAUACUAGGGUAGUCCCUUGGAUGUGUGACACACCAGUCUACAUGCACAGCCAAAAAGUACAAGAAGAACCAAUUAAGUCUGAUGACCCAUUGAUAAGCAUCGCAGGAACUGGUGGUGUAACUAGAAGCGAUAGGAUCUCUGCACCAGCGCCACCUCCGAUCGAGAAUGGAGGUCCAUCAACCAAUGAUAGGGGAAAGCAAGUUAAUAAUACCCCGUUGAGGCAAGAUCCUCUGACAACCAGUGAAGUAGAUGAGUUCAUGUGUAUCAUCAAAAGGAGUGACUAUCGAGUGGUUAAACAACUCAACCAGACACCCUCAAAGAUUUCAAUGUUGUCCUUAUUAAUGUGCUCAGAGGCCAAUAGGGAUGCUUUGGUAAAGUUUCUAAAGGCUGCCCGCAUAUCCCAAGAAAUCUUGGUCUGCCUGUUUGAAGGUGUAGUUAACAAUAUAGCCAUUAGCUUGAGUUUGGGAUUUAAUGACACGAAGCUCCCCGUUGAGGGAAGAAACCAUAACAAGGUUCUCCACAUCUCUAUUAAAUGUGUGGACACAAUUUUAUCCAUAGUUUUGGUGGACACCGGUUCCUCCCUUAAUGUGAUGCCUAAAAGCUCCUUGGAUAAGCUGACUAUUGAGGGACUUAUCAUGAAACCAAGUAAACUAGUGGUGCGAGCGUUUGACGGUUCGAGGAGGAUUGCAAUUGGUUAG